AUGUCGUUGAUACUUCAACAAAGUCGACAAAUAGUUGAAGCAUACCAAAGUAAUAACGAGAUACGGCGAAGAAGUAGGUUCAUCCAAAGAAAUCGUGAAGCCGGACAUGUGAGGCUCUUCAAUGAUUAUUUCUCCACAAGCCCGGUGUAUCCAGAUCAAAUAUUUCGAAGACGAUUUCGCAUGCGAAAAGAUUUAUUUUGUCUCAUAGUUAAUGCACUUCAAAGUCAUUCUUCGUAUUUUCACCAGAGUGAUGAUGCUGCAAGAAGAAAAGGCGACCAUCUUGAUGAGUACCUACGCAUUGGUGAAUCAAUUGCCAUCAAGUGUUUGUUCAAGUUUUGCGAUUAUAUGGUUGAACUAUUUGGUGAUCGAUACUUGAGAAGGCCGAAUGCUGAUGAUGUUCAACGUCUUCUUCAAAUGCAUAAUGAGAGGCACGACUUUCCUGAAAUGUUGGGCAGCCUUGAUUGCAUGCAUUGGGAAUGGAAAAAUUAUCCAGUUGCUUGGAAAGGCCAGUUUACAAGAGGUCAUGGAUCACCAACAAUAGUACUUGAAGCGAUCGCGUCUUAA